AGCGUUAAAGUACAUAAACCAUUGUUAACAGGCCAAUGACUCAUGAGUAUUUAACAUAGAUGGCGUUGAGGCCAGCGCACCGCCACAAAUGUGUAUUAGUCAACACUGAAGUUGGUAGUGCUGAAGUAACUUGUUGUGCGUCUGAAUGUUUGGCACCAUGACCAUACGGAAUAUACAAUGUUAAAAUUAUCGUCUGGCAUCCUUGGUGGUUGGUGGCAAGGGAUAAGAACUUCGCGGUGGCAUGUGACUGGUCACUGAGGACGUAUGGUUCGAGGCUGUAUGGUGGCUUCCAACCGGGUUCAAACAGUAAUGUUGCGUUGGCUCACUCCUCUGCAGACCAUUACCUUCACCCAUUGUCACGGUAAGCUUCACAAGACAGUUUGUGCACUGGGUUUCCUAGAGGGUCCGACCGGUAGCAUUUUGCCUGGAUUAUCUUCAGUCCAGAUGCUAAAGAAUAAGCCUAUCAAGCUUGCUGCAACACAAUCCCAGCUCGAUCGAGCAUUUCCGGGCGAAGUGGCUCUUGCCUCUUUUCCUGAAGUUUAUGAGCUCACAGUACUGGUUUGCGGGUCGAUAUCCCGGGGCGCAAUGGUGAAGUUCUCGGGUGCUCGGCGGAGAGCCCAGUCUUUCAGGACAUACGCGGUGAGAUUCCAGCGUGACGACGACCUGCUAUUCAGUCAAAACAGUUCAAAGGUUCUCAACGUGUCUCUACGAAAAACGGAUGCUCUUACCCAUCAUUAAACAAAAAGCUUAUUGCGAUAUGAACAAGCGCACAACUGUUGUCGGGGUAGAUUCUUGCAGCAACGACGCUGUCAUCUUGCCCGAUAUCCUUCUCCAUGACACAAUACGUGAAGUCGGAAGAUACUGGAAAGCCGCUGCCGAACCCCUCGCAAUAGGC